ACACUUCCCAGGUUCAGUCUACAGAUGACACUGUGGCUACAUACAGAGUCCAAGGCUUGGAGGAAUGGUUGUCUCUAGAGAAGGGCUGGCACCUAUUCUGGUGCUUUCCUAAGAAGACCCCAAGUUGAAUGGAACCUCUCCAAAAUCAGUGAUCAAAGCAGCCGUCAUGCCCAUGGUGGAUGCACAAGGGUUGUGGCGAGGCUUCCCUCACUAUGCUGACAGCACUGGGGAGUGAGGUUAUUUUUCCCUCUUUCAAGGAGGUGAACAAUUAGCACCACCUAACAUUAGCUGCAGGGUCCUCAACUAUGCGUGCACAAGAAAGUACACACCCAUGUCUGGAGGUCCCAGGACAUACAUGGGCAAGGAAUGCUGGAAGAGGAGGCUGUGGAAUCCAACUGAUACUCUGAACGUUCUUCUCAUAAUCGUGGAUGACCUGCGCCCCUCCCUGGGCUGUUAUGGGGAAAAGCUAGUGAAAUCCCCAAACAUCGACCAGCUGGCAUCCCACAGCCUCCUCUUCCAGAAUGCCUUUUCCCAGCAAGCAGUGUGUGCCCCGAGUCGUGUGUCCUUCCUCACUGGACGGAGGCCUGACACUACUCGCCUGUAUGACUUCAACUCCUAUUGGAGGGUGCAUGCGGGAAACUUCUCCACUAUCCCCCAGUACUUCAAGGAGAAUGGCUACAUGACCAUGUCGGUUGGGAAAGUCUUUCACCCUGGUAUAUCUUCCAAUCAUAGUGAUGACUCUCCGUAUAGCUGGUCCUUUCCACCUUAUCAUCCCUCCUCCGAGAAGUAUGAAAACACUAAGACAUGUAGAGGUCAAGAUGGAGAACUUCAUGCCAAUCUGCUUUGCCCCGUGGAUGUGACAGAUGUGCCUGAGGGCACCUUGCCUGACAAACAGAGCACUGAAGAAGCCAUACGAUUAUUGGGCAAGAUGGAAACAUUGGCCAGUCCUUUCUUCCUUGCGGUUGGGUAUCAUAAGCCACACAUCCCCUUUAGAUACCCCAAGGAAUUUCAGAAGCUGUAUCCCUUGGAGAACAUCACCCUGGCCCCUGAUCCCCAUGUUCCUGAUGGCCUUCCCCCUGUGGCCUACAACCCCUGGAUGGACAUCAGGCGGCGGGAAGAUGUCCAAGCAUUAAACAUCAGUGUUCCCUAUGGCCCAAUUCCGGUUGACUUUCAGCGGAAGAUACGCCAGAGCUACUUUGCCUCUGUGUCCUAUUUGGAUUCAGAGGUCGGCCGCCUUUUGAGUGCUUUGGAUGAUCUUCACCUGGCCAACAGGACAAUCAUUGCAUUUACCUCUGAUCAUGGGUGGGCCCUAGGUGAACAUGGAGAAUGGGCCAAAUACAGCAAUUUUGAUGUCACUACCCGUGUGCCACUUAUGUUCUAUGUUCCUGGAAGGACGGCUUUACUUCCGGAACCAGGCAAGAAGCUCUUUCCUUACCGUGACCCUUUUGAUCCUGCCUCAGAAUCAAUGGAUCCAGGCAGGCAAGUUGUGGAUCUUGUGGAACUUGUGUCUCUCUUCCCCACGCUCACUGGACUUGCAGGACUGCGAGUUCCUCCUCGUUGCCCCAUUCCUUCAUUUCAUGUUGAGGUGUGCAGAGAAGGCCAGAACCUUCUGAAGCAUUUUCGAUUCCAUGACUUGGAAGAGGAUCCAUACCUCGAUGGUAAUCCCCGUGAGUCAAUUGCUUAUAGUCAGUACCCCAGGCCUGCAGACUCCCCUCAAUGGAAUUCUGAUAAGCCAAGUUUAAAAGAUAUAAAGAUCAUGGGCUAUUCCAUCCGCACCAUAGACUAUAGAUACACUGUGUGGGUUGGCUUCAAUCCUAAUGAAUUUCUGGCUAACUUUUCUGACAUCCAUGCGGGGGAACUAUAUUUUGUGGAUUCUGAUCCAUUGCAGGAUCACAAUGUAUAUAAUGACUCCCAACAUGGAGGAUUUCCCCAGUCAUUAAUGCCUUGAGUUUUGCUAGCCACAGAGGGCAAAUAUAACAUGCUCCCAUCAAGCUAGUGAGAGGAAUGAUGAUUAUUUUGUCAUUACCCAUAAUAUUGGAUGCAACCUGGAGGGGUGGUAAUCAAAACACACAUCAACAGUUUGGCCUAAGAAUAUGUGAUAGCUGAACCUUUUCAUUUAGUGUUUAUUAAUAUAUAAUUGGUAAUUGGAUUGGGGAUAGACUGAAUCUCUUUUUUCCCUUUUUAAAUCAGUCAUAACUUAGUCAUUGAGUAACAGGUCAACAUUAGGUCAUAUCUUUGUGUAUCAAGCCCAUACUACUCAAAUAUAACACUGUACUCAAGAAAUACUUUGUCACAUUUAAUGCAUUUCAUAUAAGUACUGUGCACUAACUGAUUGUGCCACUGGAGCUCUGAGUGAUUUCUAAUUUCUGGGUUUAUCUUUAUUUUAUUUAUAAUUUAAUAAUUUAUCUUGGGUAGCCCAAUAUAUUUAAAAUAUGUCAACAUGAAAUUCACAUUUCUU